UCUUGUAUUUUGAGGAUGGGUGCCACCUUCAAGAAGUUCUGUAUACGAUUCUGCUGUUGCUGCUGCUGUCAGGAUGAGGAGGAGGAGGAUGAAAAGAGACCUUUACUUAGUCACGACACGUUGGAAUAUUUCGACCGCGAGGCGAAAAAAAGGCGGGACCAAGAGACCAACCUGUGGAGUGAACCUGGAGACCCCUCCCACUCCGAGAGGGACGACGACCGCACGCUCUACAACCUGCUGCAGUGCAGAGCCCAAACCCAGCGAGGCUCUCAGGGCUACCGGCGUUUGAGCAUCGACAUCGAGGCCAUGAGAGACAUGAGGAGAGAGGUGCGAGAUAAAUGGAAGAUGAUCCUGGAGAAUCUGGGAUUCAUGGCUGAAGCCGAAUCUCUGCUGACUGUGUCUGCCACCGCAUCAUAUGACCGCAUGAGAAACACAGCGGUCGCCCGCAGCCUGCUACAGACCCUCCACACCGAGACGUCCCUAUUCAACAGCAAAGAGCCUCCACCCGAGAGAUACCUCUUCAUCCUGGACCGGCUGAUUUAUCUGGACGCUGCAGAGGAUUUUGUUGCCAAAGCUCGUCGCUUCUACCCUCCUAAAGAUUAUGAUGAUGAUGAUGAAGAGGAAAACACCUGUCUAAUAAAUCUUCCUCUGCUGCUGUCCCGCAUGAAUCAGAACAUCUCUGGAGGAGAGGAUGAGGAUGAGGAUGAUGAGGGCGAGACCACUGGUCCAGAGUGACUCGGAGAUGUUUUCAGAAUCAGUUUGAGGGGUUUUGGAGGUACAUGGAUUUGGACUGAUGUUAUCUUCGGUCAAGGUGGAUAGGGAUGGUGAAGAUUAAAUGGAACAGAUUUAAACCAUUUAUUAGUCAAAUGCUUUUUUGAAGAAGAGGAGACUAUCAUUAAAAUAGCUGCAGAUCUCACGUUACUAUGAAUUAUAAGAUCAGGAGGAGAUUCAGGAUUACGGAGACAUGCUGAUAUUGAAAGUGUAAGAUGGUGAAGUGAAUUUGAAUAAAUAGAAAUGAAACUUUCUUUUGAA